AUGAAGACCAGUAGUGGCCUUUCAGUCGGUGGCCGUAAUCGCUUUGGGAUUUGAAUCACCCUCUCCAGUAUCAUCACGAGCCUGAUCAACACCGAUUUGCUUAUUCGCUUCAUUGGCGAGCUCUUGCUCAACAUCAGCGGUGACAAGGACAAGUCGAUUGUGCGAUUGAUUCACAAGCUCUUGCAACUCGACGUCUCCUCAUGCAGUGACGAGCUUUGUAAAUCGUCAACAACGCUCUGCAUGCAAGAUUUCCUUGCAAUUGUACCACUAAGCUCCUGUGUGCGACUUUUGAAUUGCCUAUCAGCCAGUUAUACGGCAUUCUUCGAAUUCGAUCAGUGCAAUGAGCUCAAGAAACUCAUCCAGCAGUUGCUUAAGUUGCAGUCGCCUGCUAAUUUGUAUCAGCAUCGUCCUGUAUUUCCUCUCUUCAAGUCCCACCUGGCUGCGACGUUGCUCCAAAUGAUUCUACUUCAGACCAUCCAAAACGGCUUAGCUGCAAAUUAUUGCGCUCAGCUGUGCGAGUCAGUCAAGGCAACAUUCAGUGACUUCGAUGCGAAUCUAUCGAAGCUGAAGGUUGCCAAUUUUAGACGCUUUCCUCUGCAAAUCCAAGCCUCCAACACAGAAGGCGAGUUCGUCUCCCCGUUGCCUUGGUUGAAAUCUUUUGUUCCUGACGCGAGUAGCAACCACAAGGAGGAGCAGUUUGCUCUUCUAUUGGCCGGACUGUCCACUCACUUGACACAGUUGUAUCUUUACUUGUUGCAUAUUGAAAAGAAUGAACUUGCUACGAAAAGGAAAUCAUCGGAGUUGAACCCAACAAGAAAAUCUCGUAUCCACCAACUGCUAAGCGGCCCUCAGCGACUCACAAUUGACGCAUCAACCACAACAGUGUUCUGCGAGACAAAGCCGACCGAAGGAGAUGAGGGGCUGGCGAAAGAUAGGGCUGUUCGAAUCGCGUCACUGGCAGAUACACUUGCCACACUGCCCGAUGGGUUCUUCGCGUUGUCAUCUGCUCCCAACUCGCCAUCGUCGUCCUUCUCUGCUCUUGAAAGUGUUUUCACAUGCACUGCAGCACGUCUAAUUGCUGUCGCCGAGCAUGCUCCACUGCGAAAAGCUUUGGCUACUUGGUUUCUUCGUCUAGUGCAGAGCCGAACAUCGUCUGUGGAAUUGUGA